GGCAGCUGGCGAGUUGGGGGGGGUUGGAGAGGAGGCGGAGGAGGAGGAAGCACCUUACUCGCUGUGCAAUAAUAGUCAAAAGAGAAAAAGAGCGCCCCGAUUUUCUUGCAGAGGGGAGGAAAAGGGAGCCUAUAGCGAAGGUGCCUUUUAUCGUUCGCCAGUAGGGGCGGCGGCGGCGGAAGCAGCAGCAGCAGCAGCAGCAGCAGCAGCCAAGCCCCGUGCCUGUUAAUCACAGCGCCCCGGCUCCCUCCUUCACCCGUCCAGCCUUACGAGGCUUGUGUGGUCAGCUGAGAGAGGGAGAAGCGAGCUUAACAGUUUCAGGGAAGAGGGAUCGCCGUGGGUGCCUCCUUUCUUCCUCAUAAACACGCUUCCCAGCCGAGCUCCACAGAGUAUAUUGCACACUACUGUUGCCUUCUCCAAGGGCUGGUCAAACCCGAUCUCGUCUAAUCCCCCCCCCCGCCACAGCUCCUGCCACCCCUGGCCUGUUUUCGAAGUGUCCCUCUCGGCUAAGGGGGAGCUUUGUCCUGCUCACUCUGCCCCAGCAGCGCCCGUGCCUUCCUCCUGAAAAGGAAAGCAUGAGCAUGGCAAACGAAACAUACCUCCUCAUAAAAGACAUAAGGGCCGGACUGAAAAAUUUAAAUGUCAUCUUUAUUGUGCUAGAGAUCGGCCGCGUCACUAAAACCAAAGAUGGACAUGAAGUGCGGUCGUGCAAAGUAGCUGACAAGUCAGGCAGCAUCCUCAUCUCAGUGUGGGAUGAACUUGGCAGCCUCAUUCAGCCGGGAGAUAUUAUCCGGUUGACCAAAGGGUACGCGUCUCUGUGGAAAGGAUGUCUCACGCUUUACACCGGAAGGGGAGGCGAGCUUCAGAAAAUUGGGGAGUUCUGCAUGGUGUACUCAGAAGUGCCCAACUUCAGUGAGCCCAGCUCGGAUCACCCUGGGCAGCCCAGCAAAGUGGCCCAGGGGGAGCAGAGUGACAAUUCCCUCCCAUCAACUAAUCUGAGUUCUUGUACUUUUGGCCCUACUGGAAAUGGUUUGCCAGCAGGACCUGAGCUGAGCGGAGUAUCAUCUACUUAUAAUCAUGUCUCCUCCUAUGCAGGUACUGGGAGGGUUGGCGGGCGGGGACCCGCCCCUCCUUCAGUGCCAUCCAAUCACACGCGCCCCCCACAAAGCACAAUGAGUAACGGGAGGGAUCCCCGCAGAGCCUUCAAAAGAUGACCCGGCCAAAAGACUCAAUUGUCCGCCUAAACUCUGUAUAUGCCCUACUUGAACACUUAAUUGCACUUUUAUUUAUGGUUAACUGUGGGGGGGGGGGCGAAGUUUGGUCUACUAGUUCUCUUACCUUCUGUUGUCCAGAGAAGAGGAUUUCCUCCCCGCCACACACCUUUCUCUCUCUUCGCCAUACUCCCCCCAGGCUGAAAAACCCAGUGAAGCUGCUGAUAACCGCAUGAGUCCAGCGGGGAAAAUGUCUUAAAAUAAGGGUCGUAGAUGGAAAUCGGGAUUCCUUGUUGUGCAUCAGAUGUUCAUUUCCAAAACAAACCUUGAGUGUGGUUGAAUGCUUGUUUGCUUUUUUUCCUUUUCCUUUUUUCGGUUAAGUUUGAACUGCCUAGCCUUAAGGUGUGUUAAUAUCGUCUUUCUGCUGUCCUGACCAACUCCCAUCGCGGCUACUGAAGGCUGGCGGAGGGAACAAGGGGCAACUGCUCUGUUUAACCUGUGUGAAUUAAAAUUGCCCUGUGAGAAGUGGAGACGAUCUGCCCAAUGGUGGUAUAAAAAAGGGGGCUGGUGUUUUCCCUCCGGUGGGGUGGGAUAAGUGAUGGUGG